ACGUAGAGUAGGCCAGAAGGCUAAACUGGAAAACCUAACCUCUAUCAAAAUAAAAAGAUGGCGGAGCCGCAAAAGUUCUUCUGUGCAAAGGUGUUUAUUUACAAAGUGAUUCCGGAACAAGAACAACAGUACUGCCAUCAAACGUCUACGUUAUGGGACAGCUUAAAACAAUGCUGCCCCAUCCACAGCUCGAUCCAAAAUGCCUCUCAAAGAACUGAAAGAGAGGCUCCUUUUGUAGGACUAGCCCCUCCCCUCAGAAUAAUUAACACUAAUUAAUUAAGUAAUUAACUAUACAAACCUACAUUUUCCAUGAACUAAACCUACUAAAAGAUAUACAUUGCAACACGUUUUUUAAACAAUACCACAACAUAACAUUUACAACAUUACAUCACUACUGACUACUGAUGAGCCAUUUGGGACAGGCACUAUAAAGUCAGCCCAAUUCCCUCAGCUCAGGUCCUUUUCCAGCAUACCCGGAAACUACAGAGAGAGAGGAACAGAACAAACAAACAAAGCGCUCAUCCACAACAUUGAUAAACUGAGUUGAAGGGGAUCUCUCCAUACCAGGCCAUGAGGGUGAGCCGGGUGUUACAGCUGUCCAUCUGCCUGGUGGGCCUCAGCCUGGCAUGGCGCUCUCCACCACCAGGCAAACCCUCCAUAGAGGGGGGUGGCCAGGUUCCUGUGGGCCAGAUACAGGUGCUCUCUGUGGGGCUGCUCCAACUGCUCCAGGGGGUGCAGGAAAGUGCCUGGAGGAUGGAGAGGCAGGGCGACCAAGUGUCAGAGGAGCUGAUGGGAGACACCCAGGCUGUGGAGAGGCUACGAGAGCAAGGUGUGCAGGUAGGAAGGACCCACAGGCAGGUGACGAAGAACCUCCAGAUGAUGACAGCACAGAGCGACAGGCUGGAGAAUGCAGCCCAGGAUGUGCAGCUGGGACUGGAGACUUUAUUGGCCGAGCAAGGUGCCUUGGAGCUCAGGAUGUGCCGUGUCCUGGAGAGGGUGCAGAGCAUAACCAAGCCAGUUCUAAGGAUGGAAAAACAGCCUAAUAUGAACCUGAUGAAGGUGAUAGUGGACACUCAGUCCAGACGUCUGUCUGACCUAGCCUUGGAAGUUAUGACCCGGGACAGAUUGAUUGAUAAGCAUCUGCAGCACAUUGUUAACCUGGAGGAACAGGCGUCUCGUAUCAGAGGGGAGAGGCCUCCCACCAGCGCUGAGGGCAGAUUCUGAUGAUGGCUCUGGCCCUUGUCUGGGCAACAACCACAGCUGCAUCAAUAUAAACACUCCAUUCAAAACUAUAAGAAUACAACAUAGUUAUAGUGGAAAUCUGAGAAAGAAAGACACAUAGCAUUAUUCAUACAAUAUUCAAGCUUAAUUUCUUCAUCCAGAUACUAUGAGAUGAUCUGAUUGGGAUUUUAAAAGGUAGACAUCCUUGUUGGGUAAUCUCCAAAGUGGUGUGGCUCUGUGUUAAUGUUUGAGGUUGAUAUUUGGAAGCUUUGUAUUGCAAUCCCUUGUCAGCUGGUGCCUCUAGGGCAAUUCAGGCAGAUGUUAGAGGGCCCUUUUACUGAAGCAUGUGUUUGUUUCAUACAAUUGUGUUUUGCUUUUGUUGUUUUCUUUUCUUUUCAUGCAUUGUGUAAUUGAU